UCCAACCUUGUCCAACCUCACCCUCACCAACCUCCUCCACAUCUUCCACAAUCUGCCACCAAAUCUGCAUCCUAUUGUUCAUCUUUCAAACUCGACCGAUACGGAUGAGUUUCCAAAGACCCGCAAUUCCCUCCCGGUGACUUCUGCCCUCACGUAGAAUGCUAGCUAUCAUUUCUUCCACCUGCGAGAAUAUUCUUAUGCUUUGAUUGAUAGAUACGCGAAAGCCUGUAAAUUCACGUCCGAAAUCCGAAAUAAUCCUACCGAGGCCCCCCCCGUCAGCUCAAGACUUUCUGGACUAGACCAUCUGUUAUCGAUUAAACUCAGGCGAUCAUGUCGCUUAAGAUCGAGAGAGAAACGAUCCGUCAUGCGACCGAGACCGUGCCCGGCGCUCUCGCGCACAUUCCUCGUGACGGCCCUCUCCCAGGUACGACCGGCAAGCAUCCCAUCGCAGAGGCGAUCGGUACCGCGAUCACUGGAGGUAAACGAAACGCCGGCACGAGGGGCUACUUAAUGGCCUACAUCAAUCAGCUGGAGAAAAAUCCGAUGCGGACUAAGAUGCUCACGGCUGGAACCCUCGCCGGUCUACAAGAGCUUCUCGCGUCGUGGCUAGCUAGAGACCGCAACAAGCAUGGAAACUAUUUCACAGCCCGUGUCCCAAAGAUGGCGGCAUACGGCGCUCUGGUCAGCGCGCCCCUAGGCCAUUUCCUGAUCUGGUGUCUUCAAAAGGCCUUCAAGGGUCGCACGAGUCUUCGUGCCAAGAUUCUCCAGAUUCUUAUCAGCAACCUUAUAGUUGCUCCAAUCCAAAACACUGUCUACCUCGUCGCUAUGGCUCUCAUCGCCGGUGCCCGAACCUAUCACCAGGUCCGAGCAACGGUACGCGUCAGCUUUAUGAAGGUCAUGAAGGUAUCUUGGAUUAGCUCGCCGCUGUGCCUUGCUUUUGCACAGGCCUUCCUACCUGAAGCCGCCUGGGUUCCCUUCUUUAACGUUGUCGCCUUCACCAUCGGCACGUAUAUUAACACCAUGACUAAGAAGAAGCGUCUUGCUGCCCUGCGUAAGAAGCACUUCGGCGACGGACGAUCAGGCUCCGUAGCGAGUGGACGACCCGAGCAGGACUAUCCCCAUCCCCCUCCUUCCUCAAUCGGUGGACCUAACCCACCAUACUAACUUGUGAAUUAACUGUCGGGAUAGGGGAUGGGGAUGGGGUGUUGUGUGGGACGGAAUGUGGAAAUCUGUAGGUAUUGAGGAUGACCGGGGCCGGCUCACUCGACUUAAUAUCGGGGACGCUAUUUCACGUAACGUCGUAUACAAGUAACGAGGGAAAAUAGGGAGGGUUGGGGUUAUAUCUUGGGACGAUCCGUGAUGUGUUCAGGAGUAUCCGCGCUUUUAUAUAAUUUGCUUUCGUCCUGUUAUUUGCAGUACCAAAAUAUUUCCUCGAGUAGUUCAUAAACAGAAUAAAAUAUUGAAAAGAUAA